AUGGCCGUGCAAGGAGGGGACCAGCACCAGCUUGUCUAUGCUACGCUUCUGCUCAGCGAUUCAUACCUCCCAGGCGCAUUGGUCCUCGCGCAUUCCUUGCGCGAUGCUGGUACCGCCCAUCAACUGGCCGUCUUGGUCACACUCGACACCGUCUCCGCCGAGGUCAUCACACAGCUCAAGACCGUCUACGACCAUGUCAUUCCGGUGCCCCGUCUGCGCAACGAGCGACCCGCCAACCUGUACCUGAUGAACCGCGCCGACCUGCACUCUGCUUUCACCAAGAUCAACUUGUGGAAACAGACACAAUUCUCGAAAAUCGUAUACAUCGAUGCCGACGUUGUCGCAUACAGGGCCCCCGAUGAACUCUUUAGCAUCCCUCACCCCUUUUCCGCCGCGCCCGACAUCGGCUGGCCUGACCUUUUUAACUCGGGCGUCAUGGUCUUGACGCCCAACAUGGGCGACUACUAUGCACUUGUUGCUAUGGCUGAGAGGGGCAUCUCUUUCGACGGUGCCGACCAGGGCCUGCUGAAUAUGCAUUUCGGGAACAACUACAACCGCAUCAGCUUCACGUACAACGUGACCCCCUCCGCUCACUACCAGUAUCUUCCAGCCUACCGUCACUUCCAAUCCAGCAUCAAUAUGGUCCACUUCAUCGGCUCUGACAAACCUUGGUCGAAAGGUCGCGAUACGCACAAGGGGGACUCUCCUUUUGAUCAAAUGUUUGGAAGGUGGUGGGCUGUGUAUGACAGACAUUACAGAGCUCCCGAGCAAGACUCAUUCUCAUUGACACCCAAUCGUUCGCAAGGCUUACACGUAACAUCUCAGCCAACAGUAUCACCACUGGUUCAGUACUUCACCAAGGGCGAAUAUCAGCCGAAGUCGGACCAAACAGUUCCAGCUGGUGAGCAGAAGCACAGUGCAUACAACGAGGGCCACGGCACGGUUCACCAUGAGAGCCAGGGGCAGGGCUCACUUGAACGUCAUUUUCCCCAUCGCCAUCAUGAACCACAUGAACGCCAUCAAGACCACUGGGAAGACGGAUCCUCUCCGACCGAGCCCUCGUCCCGCCUUGCGCCCUCCCCUUCCUCUCCCAGUGUGUUGAUUGAUACUCCUGGAACACACACUGAGGCUCGUCCAGAGCAAAAUCUUGCGGGGACGGAACGGGAGCCCCCAGCCCCGCCUGUGAUACCCCCUGAGGAGAAGCCAGAGCCACGACCCAUUCCCUUGAACACAUGGGACGCUCAAUGGCAACCACCGCCUGCCGACUCGCAACCCGAGGCGCUUAAUUUUCCACACCAGGUUUAUACCAUGUCUCAGGACCCUGCUCCGUUUGUCCCUCCCCCACGCUAUCCCAGUCCGCCUAAAGACAUGUGGUACGAGGUGCCCAAAGAGAAACCUGCUCCGCCUUCACAGAAGCCUCGUGCCAUCUUCCCCUGGGAAUCAAACCAACCUAGGCCAGCGCGAGUGUUCACAGACCUGCCCGCGGAGUCUGAAGCAGAAAAGCCUGAAGCCACGCCAACGGGUGAGCACCAAAGGACGAUUUCUGGUCAGCGCGAUGCUGAGUACAUAGACACAGAAGCGUCGACAGCGGAACAGAAGAGUGAACCCGUGACUCCUGCCACCCCGACCAUCAACGUGAUUCCGUCAGACCCCUGGAACACUUUCACGCGGACGAAUGCUUGGGAUGAAAUGCCCGAGAUUGAGCGCUACGUCGAAGGGCUACAGAAGCACCGCCGCGUGAAAAGCCAGGGUUCGCCCGGCAUCGCCUCGAUUAACAAAAAGGCGAAGCAGGAGCGCGGGUUCAGGUUGACCGACUUUCCCAGCGAAGUCGAUCGGCCCAGUCUUCCCGUUACACCGGCACCCAUCCGCCGGCCCAAGUUCUGGGGUGGCGGCGACCCUGGUGCUGGUGAAGGUGAGGACGAAGAGGUAUUGCCGGUCGCGGAGGGCGUACCGUUGCAGUCCGCCUGGGAUCCGGCGGAACAACUUCAGAAGCUCGCCAAGCAACAGUCUGAAGCACUGCUGAAGAGACUCGGGCAAGGUGAUGGAACGGAGGGACUCGGCCGUGAGAUUCCCACUCGCUCUCUGCCGUUCGGUUCAGAGGGCGUGGUCUCAAAUGCCCAUGGCGCACAGCAGUCUAGUAACGUGGUGCUCAGUCCGCAGCCGGUAAAAGGCGGCACGACUGCUAGUAUCAUGCGAAGCAUGGGAGCUGAGCAAGAUGCUGCUACCACCCAUCGAGACAUCAGCAUGGAGCCACUUACAACGGGUCUCUCGAUAGAGGAGCCGUCGUAUAGCGGUCCGGGCGCUACUUGGGAGAAAGGGGGGGACGCGCCGGUACGGGAGACGCCGUUGCUACCAACUGAUGAAGAGCUAGAUGUGCUCAAUAGCUGA